AUGGAAUCGGACUCAACGCUCGCCUCUGAUACAAGUGAAACAGAACGUCCAGCUACACCCAAGCUAAAUCCGUUGAAAAGAGCUGCGCCAUCUGACAGGAAGGGCGUAGCGCCUAUAAAACCCGAAUAUUUGAUAAAGGUACCUAAAGAGGAACGUCUUACGGAAGAGACUGUAUUUGGAGAUGAUGCCGCAGUGGAACCUCCCAAGAAGAAACCUCUGGCAACUCGUCAAAGAGGACAAAACAAAGAGCACCUCGUGAAGGCAUUUUCAGAAAAUAUUAGGCUCUGCUUAUGGACUGCACAAGGCGAAGAAUGUCCAAACAGCGCAUGCAGGUGUAGUCAUGAUCUUUUAGUAUAUAUGAGAGAAAAAGCUGAAGACUUGGGUGAUCGAUGCGUUAACUAUGAGACGUUUGGAAAAUGUCGCUAUGGGUACAAGUGCAGAUAUCUCAAGGCACACAUAAGUUCAGAUGGAAAGCUGCUUGUGAAUAAGGAGCUUGCUGAAAAAAAUAUAGUCACAGAGAUUAAUGCAAAUAUGCCAUUAGAUAAAUAUAAACUUUUGAGGACUUUUAAGUACAAAUUUCCGAAAUCAGAGCCAUACUUGAAAGAAGUUCAACAAACUAUAAAUGCAAGAAAAGAAAUGGAUGAGGCAAACAGAAAGAGAAAACUUCUUGCCGAAAUUCUCGAACCGUCAGAACUUGAAAAUUAUGUUGCUGGUUCAACCGAUAAUACUUUGGCACAAGUUGAUAUACCAAAUAAAGCAGUUGAACAUAUAUCAUCAUCCUUAAAAGAAGCAAGUCAAAGAGCAUCAGAAGCAGAGCAAUUUGCGGAUACUCCAGACGUACCAUUGAGGCCCGUAGAAAAAAAGCACAUUUCCUUUAACAACAAACUCUACUUGGCCCCACUGACCACAGUUGGCAAUCUUCCAUUCCGUAGAAUAUGUAAAGAAUUUGGAGCGGACAUUACUUGUGGCGAAAUGGCAAUGGCCGUCAAUAUGUUGAAAGGUCAAAAAGGUGAAUGGACUUUGAUGAAGCGGCAUGUGUCUGAAGAUAUCUUUGGAGUACAGAUUUGCGGUGCGAAAGUGGACCAUGUUGUAAGAUGUGCAGAGGUUAUUGGAAACGAAUUAGACGUGGACUUUGUUGAUUUGAACACUGGAUGUCCUAUCGACCUUGUUUUCUCUAAAGGAGGUGGAAGUGCUCUAUUAAGGGAACAAGGAAAACUCGGAAAAAUGCUCGUUGGGAUGCAAAGGGUUCUCGACAUUCCUGUGACUAUUAAAUUGCGUACUGGUGUUGACGACAAGAAGCCAAUAGCCGAAAAGCUUGUUCCUAAACUUGAAAAAUGGGGUGUAGCUUUGGCUUCGCUGCACGGCCGCAGCCGUCAACAAAGGUAUACCAAGUUGGCUGACUGGGAUUAUAUAUCGAGAGUUUCUUCAACUAUUGAAGAAUACAGACAAACCGAUAAAAUUAGUUUCUUUGGUAACGGUGACUUGCUGUCUUACGAGGAUUAUUAUCAACAUAUGAAUGAACAUAAUGUAGACGGAGUGCUUGUUGGACGUGGAGCAUUGGUUAAGCCAUGGCUUUUCGAAGAGAUCAAAACUAAGCGUAACUGGGAUAUCUCAUCAAGGGAAAGAUUCGAUAUACUGAAAAAAUACUGUGAUUAUGGCCUUGAGCAUUGGGGAUCUGACAAUGUGGCAGGUAUCCUAAUAUAUUUGACAUUUAUUAUUUGCUUGUUAAAUGUUACUAAGACUCAAAUUUUUGUUGCAACUGCUCAGGGCGUCAAUACAACACGCAGAUUCUUGUGUGAAUGGCUCAGCUUUCUGCACAGGUAUAUUCCAAUCGGUCUAUUGGAAGUGCUGCCACAACGUAUAAACGAAAGACCAUCGCCUUAUUACGGGCGAGAUGAAUUAGAAACGUUGAUGGCAAGCCCAAGUGCGAAGGAUUGGAUAAAAAUAAGGUUGGUUGACAGAUUCGCUAACAGAUUGUCCGACUAA